GUAUAAGAGAACAAUUUACAAAAAUUGGAUUGGAAAAUAUAACAAAAAUGAUCCGGUAUAUUAUUCUGCUAGUAUAUUUUCUAAUUUUUGAAGUAAACUCUCAGUUAGACUGCUCAAAAGCUCCAACUCCUGCUAUUCGAAUAAUGUGUAAUCAGAUUCAAAGAUGGGAUCAAAAAGCAAGGGCAACUCCAUCAUUAUCCGGUGACGUGAAAACACCUGGAAUUGCUGGUAAAGCAAUGGCUGCUGAAUUUUCUCCAAUUGCAAGUAAUGUGUUUCAAUGUAUGGAUAUCGCUUGUCUUUGUGUAUUUUUCAGAGGAACCGGUGGAAAUAAUUGCGUGGUUCAAGGUCGUCCACUUGGAAAAGUCGUAAGAAAAGAAUACCGUAUGCUUUCUGAUGAUGAACGACAACGACUUCAUCAAGCAUUCCGAACUCUGAAACAGAAUGGAGAAUACGAUCGACUGGCAAGAGUUCAUGCUCAAUAUUCUGAAAGUGGAGCUGCUCAUUCUGGACCAGCAUUCCUUCCGUGGCAUAGAGAAUUUGUAAAAAGAAUGGAGUUCCUGAUUCGACAGGUUGACCCAUCACUUCAUCUUCCAUAUUGGGAUUCAUCAUUAGAUCAAAAUCUUCCAGAUUCAAAAGAUUCAAUCUUAUGGACGAAUGAAUUUAUGGGAGAUGCCAAUGGAGAAGUUAACAAUGGACCAUUCAGAAGCUGGAAAACUGUAGAGAACAAACCAGCAAUCACAAGAGCAGUCGGGGCUCAGGGAAAAGGAUAUUCAGAGGAUGAAAUCAACACAAUGCUAGGACAAACAGAUAUUGCUCAAGUUCUUGCUUUCUCUGCUCCACAGAGGGGUUGUCCUUAUCAACCAAACUUUAACGUCCCUGAAUACACUCAUGGAAAUCCUCAUAUAUAUGUUGGAGGUGAUAUGUUAGAGACAUCAACAGCUGCAAAUGAUCCAAUAUUCUGGAUGCAUCAUUCUUUUGUUGAUCUUCUUUGGGAAAUGUAUAGACAAUCAAAACAGACAAGAGCAACACGAGAAACAGCGUAUCCAGCUGAUAAUCGACAAUGCAGUAGUGAGCAUCAUUUUAGAGCAGCUUUCAUGCGCCCAUUUACACCAAUGAGAAAUGCAGAUGGACUCAGUAAUAUGUACACUGAUAAUUUAUAUUCUUAUGCUCCAAGACCGUCAUGUAAUGCAGGACCUACAUGUGGAUCACCAUAUCUAUUCUGUGACAAAUCACACGGAGCUCCUCGUUGUGCAGUUCGAAUGAAGCCUGAGGGAAACUGCGCUAGUUUUAAGAAUGGAGAAGAUGCAUGCUAUCAAGGAAGUUGCCAAAGUGGAAAAUGUGUUGCAGGAUCACAAAAUGUUACUCCACCACCAACAAUUCAACCCACAAAGCCAGUGGUUACAGUUGAGGUAUUUAGUGAAACAUGCUUAAAGAUUAGAUUGAAAUUUUUUCAGACAUCUUGUUUUAAUGAAAAUGAAUGUUGUGGUCCAUGGUCAGCAAAAGGAGAAUGUCAAAAAAAUCCAGUUUAUAUGAAUGUUUGGUGUAAAGCAUCUUGUAGGCAAUGCACACCAAAUUAUAAUAUUAAUGAAGAGUGUUCUGAUCGUCACACCAACUGCGCAAUGUGGUCUCGGUCUGGGGAAUGUAACAAAAAUCCGCUUUGGAUGUCAGAAAAUUGUCGAAGCUCUUGUCAAAAAUGCGGCCGAUCAAGAGCAGCAACAUGUGGAGGAGGUGGUGGAGCUGAUAGUAUAAGCAAUCCAACAACGAUGCCGCCUGCAACAAAUAAUGGACAACAGAACACUCCUUGUGAUUCACCGAUGUGCUACAAUGAGGAUCAAUGUUGUCCUAUUUGGGCACAACGGGGACAGUGUAGGUCGAAUCCUGGUUACAUGACAUGCCAAUGCAAAGUGAGCUGUGGAGUGUGUCGACCAAAUUAUGUUUAUGGACCAUGUGCAGAUUAUCACUAUGAUUGUGCCGCAUGGGCGAGAAGAGGAGAAUGUCUAAAAAAUAAAUGGAUGCCUGAAAACUGUAGACGUUCGUGUAACACUUGCGUUAAUCAACAGCAGCUGGCUGCCAGAUGUGCGACAAGAAUAGUUCGAAGCGCAUUUUUGGAAUUGAUUCGCAUGAAGUGACCGGAAGGU